GGCAUUUUGUCUUCUCUCAGAAUCACCUCACCCUAGGAAGGAUGGUGAAUGCAGUCCCGCAGUGGAGAUCCUAGUGACAAGAAAUCGAAGAGACCUGGUCGUGGGGUCACAAAAGCGAUUGUGAGCGUCUGUGACUCCGCUUAGGUAACCGAGAUGGGGACCACGAUGCCCGACGACCCCUCCUGGCCCGCUGCUCCCGCCCUGCUCCUCACACAGAGUUUGCCUGCGGCGACCCCUCCGAGGAGCCCAGUUGAGGUUGUUGUGGUCUUUGAGGAUGUCGCCAUGUAUUUCUCCAGGACAGAAUGGUGCCUCCUUGGUGAGGCUCAGAGAUGCCUGUACCUUGAGGUGAUGCUGGAAAACUAUGCUCUUAUAUCAUCACUGGGUUGUUGCUGUGCAGCAGAGCAUGUGGUGGCACCCACUGAACAGAAUAUUACUAUAAGAAUCUCAAAGGCUAUGAAUCUGAAGUCAGCACUGUCUUUCCAGAAGAGCCACCCAUGUGAAAGUUGUGGAUGUGUCUUGAGAGACAUUUUCCUCUUGUUUGACCAGCAGGGAACCCAACAGAAGCCGAUACUGCUGAAGUGUGGGGCAUGUGCAAAACCAUUUUAUUUCAGUGCACAGGGUUACCAGCAGCAGGAGCAGGGCACAACAGAGAAUUGUUUCAUAAGCAAUGUGGACAGGGUUUCACUUGAAAAGAGCUGCAAUUCCCAUAUGUCAUGGAAUCCUUGUACUUCUAGUCAGGUUGGAAAAUGCUUCAUCAGCCCCCAACAUCUAGAGCAAUUGGAUGUUCCCACCAUGCACAGGACAAACAAAAUCUCUAAGUCUGGAAUGACUUUACAAAGUACAAAAUAUUACACUACAAGAGAAUGCAAGAAAGCCAUUGACUGUGAUACACUUCUUGAGGACCAGGGAUUCCUUCCUGGAAGACAAUGUUUUAUGAACUGUGAAAUUGGAAAAACUGUUAACUGUAGCUCUUCCCUCCCUGUUCAUCAGAGAGUUCACAGUGGAGAGAGGCCUUAUGAAUGCAUUGAAUGUGGAAAAUCUUUUAACUUUAGCUCUGAACUUUCUAAACAUUCUGGAGAAAGGACUUACACAUGUGAUAAAUGUGGGACAUCUUUUACCUAUAGUUCUACCUUCUGUUAUCAUCAGACAGUUAACACUGGAGAAAGGCCUUAUGAGUGCAGUGGAUGUGGAAAAUCUUUUACCUUUAUCUCAGCCCUCCAUUAUCAUUACAGAGUUCACACUGGAGAAAGGCCUCAUAAGUGCAGUCAAUGUGGAAAAUCUUUUACUAGUAGUUCGAACCUCCGUUAUCAUCACAGAAUUCACACUGGAGAAAGACCUUACAAGUGCGGUGAAUGUGGGAAGUCUUUUACCCACCGCUCUCCCCUGCAUGCACAUGAGAAAGUUCACAUUGCAGAGAGGCCUUAUGUGUGUAGUAAAUGUGGGAAAUCUUUUAAGAGAAAAGGUAUCUUUAACUCUCAUCAGAAAGUUCACACUGGAGAAAGGCCUUAUCAGUGCAGUGAAUGUGGGAAAUAUUUUAAGAGAAAAGAUUACUUUAAUUCUCAUCAGAGACUUCACACUGGAGAAAGGCUUAAUAAAUGUGGUGAAUGUGGGAAAUAUUUUACCCAUAGCUCUACCCUGCGUAAACAUCAGAAAGUUCACACUGUAGAAAAGCCUUAUGAGUGCCGUGAAUGUGGGAAGUAUUUUAAGAGAAAAGAUAACUUUAAUUCUCAUCACAGAGUACACACCGGAGAAAGACCUUAUACAUGUGGUGAAUGUGGGAAAUCUUUUACCCACAGCUCUACCCUGUGUAAACAUCAGAGAGUUCAUAGUGGAGAAAGGCCUUAUGAGUGCAGUGAAUGUGGAAAAUUUUUUACGCGUAGCUCAUCCCUCCAUUAUCAUCACAGAAUUCACACUGGAGAAAGGCCUUAUAAGUGCAGUAAGUGCAAAAAAUCUUUUACCCGUAGCUCUGAACUUAGUAAACAUCACAGAGUUCAUAGAGGAGAAAAGCCUUAGUAGUGUGAUAAAUGUGGGAAAUUGUAGACCAGUAGCUCUGCCCUCUGUAAACUUCACAGAGUUCACACUUGAAAAAGGCCUUACGAGUGCAGGGGGUAUGGGAAACUUUAUACCUGUAGCUGUGCCCUCCAUUUUUAUCAGUGUUCACACUGGAUGAAGACCUUAUGAAUGCACUAAAUUAGGAAAUCCUUUAUGUCUAUCAGUCAGGUCCAUUACCAUCAAAGAGUUCACACUAAACGAAUACCUGUGAGGGCAGUAAAUGCAGGAAAUGUUUUCUCUGUAGCAUUAACCUUCAUUGUUAUCAGAGACUGCACACAUAGCAAAGUUUUAUGGCUACAGGAAAUGUGAGAAAUUUUGUUUUAUCAGUAACCUUUGUUAUCCUUAGAGACUUCACAUAGGAGAAAGGCUGUAUGAGUGCAAUGAAAUUGGAAAUAUCUUUUUCUGUGCAGUUCUUGCUAUUGUCAUCAGAGAAUUCAUAAUGGAAUGGCCUUAUGCCUGCAGUGAACGUGUGUAAUGUUUUUCGUGUAUCAGUGAUUUCCACUAGUAUGUUAGAAUUUCACUGGGGAAAUGCAAUUACAGUAAUUAUGAAUAUGAAGUAUUUUAACUGUAGCCAUUCCCUUCAUUGUUAUUAGAGAAUUGACAAUGUCUUAGUUCUUAUAACUAAAGAAAACUUGAGAAAUCUUAUUUUCUAUCCAUUGUGUGUGUUAACUUCUGAGAAGUCACUCAGGGGAAACAUUUUUACAUACAUCAAAUAUGAGAAGUUUUUGGGUUUUUUGUAUCACUAGCCUCCAUUAUAUUCCUAUUUUCAUUCUGGUGGAAGGCCUCAUGAGUACAGGGAAUGUGGGAAAAUAUUUUUUGAUUCUUUCUCUUUUCUAUCAUCCGAGAGUUUACACAUAGAUAGGCCUUAUGGGGAUAUCACAUGCAGGAAAUCUUUUACCUCGUAGCCAUAACUGCUUUAAUCAUAGUUCACACUGGUUAAAGUCUUCGAACAUGAAGUGAACACAGGAAAUCUUUAGCCAUAAGUCUCUACCCUUUGAAUACUGGAGAGUUCUAACUGUCUAAAUGGUUACUAAAAUUUCAGGAAAUGUACUAUUUUUUUCAGUGUAAUGACUCUAAAGAAAACUUACUGAGAAAAAUGUCUGAGUUUAAUUUUAUAUGUUCAUGGUGUGGACAUGUCUCAGAAGUUUAAUGUUUAAAUUUUGAAGAACCUAACAAAGUACGACCUAAACUAAUGGUACCUUUUGGAUUCAUAUUUAUAGUGUAUGAGGGUUGCAUUUCCCCACUCUAACAAAAUCUUAAUUGUUUAAUUUUUAUCAUUUUAGCUUUUUUCAUACAUAUAUCAUGUACUCACUGUUUUAGUUGCAUUUCCCUAAGGAUUUUUGAUGAACGUUUUUGCAGGAGUGUAUGUACUAGAGAUAUUUUUUUAGUAAAAUGUGUGCUCACAUAAUUUACCUAUUAAUUUGGGUACUCCCCUUUAACACAGGACAGUGAAACAACAAAGAUCUAUGUUGUAGUAUCACCCAUUUUCAAUCCUGAAUAACAAAUACUUUUUUAUUUAUGAAUUAGCUGUUUUGUAAAAUAAUUGUUUUUAGUUUUUUAAGAUUUUAUGUAUUUAUGUAUUUAUGUAGAGAGAGAGGAAGGGAGGGAGAAAGAAAGGGAG